AUGAGAGUCUCUUUUGUAUUGCUGGUUGGUAUUGUAUUCGGUGCUCUGGCGAGCGGCGAUGGUGUGGAGGUAGCUAUCGUCCACGGUCGACCCCAGUGCACAGUCACAGCCAAAGGAAACAACCAGAGUGAUGUCGACAAUAUCCUGAACGCCUUUGAUCGAUGCGGAAAUUCGGGGAGCAUCAUAUUUCCUGAGAAGCAGAACUAUUGGAUUGAUCAGAAGCUGAACCCACACGUGAAGGAUGUGCAGAUCCAAUGGAGAGGAGAAUGGACGUUCUCCGACAACAUCUCCUACUGGAGGUCGAACUCCUACUUCAUCGAGUUUCAAAACCAUCGCGCCGCAUUCAUCCUAACGGGAGAUGGAAUCCACAUUGAUGGUCAUGGAACUGGAGGCAUUCAUGGGAAUGGUGAUACUUGGUAUACUUCCGAAGCAGGCGAAACGGUCGAAGGACGUCCUAUGCCUUUCGUGUUCUGGAACGUCAGCGAUGUGUCUGUUCGGAACUUCCACAUUAAACAGCCUCAGUUCUGGGCUUACAACAUCAUGAAUGGGACAGACAUGGUUUUCCAAAAUAUCAGCAGCAAUGCCACAGCGACUAAGGCUCCUGGGCGAUACAAUUGGGUCCAAAAUACUGACGGUUUUGAUACGAUGGAUGCGCGCAACAUUAGCGUCAAGGGAUUCGAGUACUCGGGCGGAGAUGAUUGCGUCGCUAUCAAGCCCCGAUCGUACGACAUUUAUCUAGAAGACGUUACUUGCCAUGGUGGUAAUGGCAUUGCUAUCGGGAGUCUUGGGCAGUAUCUCGAGGACUCAAGCGUGGAGAACGUGAUGAUGAAUAACUUACAGUUGAAGCGGUCAUCAAUUGAUUUACGCAUUGGGGUCUACAUCAAGACAUGGAUUGGAGAGCUUGCACCUCAAGAUCACUACGAAAGUGCCGGCAAGCCACGAGGAGGCGGUUGGGGUCGUGUUCGAAACAUCACGUUCGCCAACGUCUACUAUGAAAAUGUCAACAACGCCCCCUCGAUCAAUCAAAACAACGGGAACAAUGGCUCCUUUGCCGGAACGAGCAAUAUGGAGGUUUCAGACGUCGACUUUCUCAACUUCACAGGCACGUUAUCAGGUUCCACAAAUCGCGUCAGUCUUUCGUGCAGUGCUAGACAUAAAUGUGGCAACAUCAAGUUCGAAGAUAUUGACCUUCUUACGUCGACCAACGUAACAACCACUUGUACAGGAAAAUGGACGUUGCAGGAUACUGUGACAGGACUUCCGGGAUGCUAA